AACUAUCCAGUCCAUAUUUAGCCACGUGUCAACUCAGAAUCAGGACCUUGACCGAGGACCCACAGGUCACAGGAUAUCCCGGCUAAAUUCUCUCAUGUGUCUUUUGGUAAUACAAUGAAGGUAGUACUUAAGUCCAUUGGCCUGUUCGUGCGGAUUGAAUUCCCAAAUUGUCGUUGGAAGGCUGGAGACUCUUGGCUAAUGGCUCCUGCCUUCAGAAACUCCUAUCCUGCCUUGGCGGUGCGAUAUUCCUCGGUUCGAUUUUCUGUUUGAUUAGAACUCUUCACCACGAAAGAGGAUCAUAGAGCGAAAGCAAAGUUCGCAACUUUUUUCUCCUUAUUCUUCAAGCCUGAUUUCCUUGUACUCCCUGUAAGUCAGAUGCAACACAUAGCUUUCCUUGGAUAUGAGAUUUUUCUAUGCCUAUGAACUGCUAUGGGGGUUUGUGAAUGGUUGCUGCAGCUCGCUUGUGUUGACAAUAUUGAUGUGGAUGAUAGCAGUGUCUAGCAUUUAAGAUAUCUGGCUUCUAACUGCCAAUUGGAUGGCUCUUAUGAGUAUCUACUAAUGUCAACUCUUAGUUAACUUGAGAGGGAGGGAUUGGGUUGAGAAUGAUUGGAGUAUGAUGUUGUGAAAAUUAAGAAGUUUUUCUGCUUUAUGCUAAUUUAUAAGCAUGGAGAGUUCACCAUCACCUUCGGGCCAGAAGCACAACCAGCAUAUGCCCAUGCACAAAUUUUCUUCUGUUGGGACCCAUAAAGAUCUUUGGUAUAUUACACGAGAAGGGUCCUUGCCUGAAGUAGAUUCAGCUUUGGCAGCACUGAAGAAAAAUGGGGGCAAUAUUGAUUCAAGGAAUAUGUUUGGCCUCACUCCGCUUCACAUUGCAACGUGGAGAAAUCACAUUCCAAUAGUGAGGAGGCUACUUGCGGCUGGUGCUGAUCCUGAUGCUAGAGAUGGAGAGUCAGGAUGGAGCAGCUUGCACAGGGCUCUUCAUUUUGGUCAUCUUGCUAUGGCAAGCAUUCUUCUCCAAUCUGGUGCUUCUCUUACGCUUGAAGACUCUAAAUGUCGAUAUCCUGUUGAUCUACUUUCUGGACCUGUGUUUCAGGCUGUUGAGAAUGGACGUGAUUCAGUUGUUACAGAGGUCUUCAGCUGGGGAAGUGGUGCCAACUAUCAACUUGGAACUGGAAAUGCACAUAUACAAAAAUUGCCAUGCAAAGUUGAUUCACUUCAUGGAACUUAUAUUAAGUUGAUUUCUGCUGCUAAGUUUCAUAGUGUAGCAAUUGGUGCUCGUGGAGAAGUGUACACCUGGGGAUUUGGAAGGGGUGGUCGCCUUGGACAACCUGAUUUUGAUAUUCACAGUGGUCAAGCUGCAGUUAUCACUCCCCGGAAGGUGACUUGUGGUUUGGGAUCUCGGCGAGUUAAGGCAAUUGCAGCUGCUAAGCAUCACACUGUUGUUGCAACUGAGGGUGGUGAAGUGUUCACUUGGGGGUCCAAUAGAGAGGGUCAACUUGGUUAUACCUCUGUGGAUAGCCAACCGACACCAAGGCGUGUUAGUUCCCUUAAGACAAAGGUAAUUGCUGUUGCUGCUGCCAAUAAGCACACAGCAGUGGUUUCUGACUCAGGUGAAAUAUUCACAUGGGGAUGCAACAAGGAUGGCCAACUUGGUUAUGGUACCUCCAAUUCAGCUUCAAAUUACACUCCAAGAGUGGUUGAAUACCUGAAAGGAAAGGUCUUCUCAGGAGUCUCAGCAGCAAAGUAUCAUACAAUAGUAUUAGGGUCUGAUGGGGAGGUAUUCACUUGGGGUCACCGGCUUGUAACCCCAAGGCGUGUAGUCAUUGCUAGAAAUACAAAAAAAAGUGGGUCUGCACUGCUCAAGUUUCAUCGCAUGGAACGACUUCAUGUGAUUGCAGUAGCUGCAGGAAUGACACAUAGCAUGGCACUAACUGAUGAUGGUGCACUAUUUUAUUGGAUUUCCUCUGAUCCUGAUCUGAGAUGCCAGCAGCUGUGUUCUAUGUGUGGAAGAAGUUUGGUAAGUAUUUCUGCAGGGAAGUACUGGACUGCUGCAGUUACAUCUACAGGUGAUGUUUAUAUGUGGGAUGGGAAGAAAUGUAAGGGUGAGCUUCCUCUUCCAACUCGGUUACAUGGUGUUAAGCGGGCUACUUCAGUUGCAGUUGGCGAAACACAUUUAUUGACUAUUUGUUCUUUUUACCAUCCUUUUUAUCCUCCUAAUAUGGAAGAGAACUCUCAGAAGCUGAAAUUAGAUGCUGACUAUGAAUUAGAAGAGAUAGAUGAAGACUUAAAUGAAAUGCAAAUGAAGGCAAUAUCGUCUGCUGUAAAACACAAUGAUGUGGCUAACAGACAUCCACCAAGUUUAAGGAGUCUCUGUGAAAAAGUUGUCGCACUGUCUCUGGCUGAACCAAGGAAUGCCUUACAACUACUUGAAAUUGCAGAUUCUCUAGGAGCAGAUGAUCUGAAGAAGCAUUGUGAGGAUAUGGUUAUUCGCAAUCUUGAUUAUAUUUUCACAGUUGCUGCACAGACCAUUGCAAGCACAUCACUAGAUGUUCUUGCUAAUCUUGAGAAAAUAUUGGAUUCAAGGUCCUCUGAGCCAUGGAGUCACCGUAGGCUCCCAAUUGCAACAGCUACUUUUCCUGUCAUUGUUAACAGUGAAGAGGAGGAUAAUGAGAGCGAAUGCCUUAAGAUUCGUGACAAUCCUGCAAAAUCUGUCUUGAGGGUUAAUUUUCCCCAGCCCUCCGACUGCUUUUUGGAGUCUGAUAAUGGUGCCAACCAAGCUAUUUUGAAACAAAUUCGAGCUCUGCGGAAAAAGUUGCAGCAGAUUGAGGUACUUGAGGCUAAGAGAUCAAAUGGCCAUCCCCUUGAUGCCCAACAAAUUGCAAAACUCGAGAUGAGGCCAACUCUUGAAAGCUUGCUUUCUGAGCUUGGUGUUCCAGUGAAGACACAAGAGAAAGAAUCAUCUCCAGUUGUUCUAGAAGGAAAAGGUAGUAACAAGGUUGAGGUAUCAAGAAAGCAAAGGAGAAAGAGUAAGAAGGUGACACAGGUAGAAGCAGCUGUUGGACAUUGUGAGGCUGUCUUAGAACCAGACCCUGUAAAGGGCUUUGUGGAUGUUGAGGUCUCUCAAAUUCUAAAACAAAAGGUGGAAUAUAUGGAAAUUGAAGGAUCUGGGAGCUGCCAGAUAGCUGAUUCUCCUCCCUGCAUACUGAAGCAAGAAAUUCCUGAAUCUGGGAAGAACAAGAACUCCUUUGCAACUUUGACCAAAAAGAAGAACAGGAAAGGAGGCCUUUCAAUGUUCUUGAGUGGUGCUCUUGAUAAUGUUCCCAAUCAUGUUUGUCUCUCAUCGCUAACACCCAAAAGUGAGGGCCCUGCAUGGGGUGGGGCAAAGGUUUUGAAAGGACCUGCUCUCCGUGAGAUCCAGAAUGAGCAGAGCAACACAAAAGAGAGUCAGCCAAGUAGGAAGGUGAUGGAUGAAUUUGAGGAUCCUUGUGAAGGAAGAAGUGGGCAAAUCCGAUUGAGUUCAUUUCUUCCAGUGAAGACAAGAUCCAUCCCAAUAACUGUCGCAUCAACUCAUGCAUCUCCAGUUUCUGAUGGAGAGAAAAGUACACCUCCUUGGGCUACUUCUGGGACUUCUCCCAUCUUUACUCAGACAUCAUUUCGUGACAUCCAAAUGCAGCAGGAGAAACAUCAUGGCCUUUCUCAUAGCCCAAAGAAAAGAACUGCUGGGUUCUCAGUUUCAUCUGGCCUGGGCUCUCCAUCAGAUUCUGCUAACACUAACCGCUGGUUCAAGCCAGAUAUUGACUCUCCUCCGUCAAUCCGUUCAAUUCAGAUAGAGGAAAUGGCUAUGAAGGAUCUAAAACGCUUCUACAGCAGUGUUAAGCUUGUUAAAAACCAAGGGUAGGUCUUUUGACGUCUUCUGAGGGCAAAUUUAGCUUCCUUUCUUAUUCUCCCCUUAACCCUUUGUAAAUUUGGUUGUACAGAUAAUCUCACCCUACAUUCAGUUUUGUUACACAUGCAGGAAUAGUUAUAGACUUAUAGGUCAACUGUAGUCCUUUGACUCUCCUCCCAUGUGGCUGCACUAAAUUUGAUUUAGAAAAAUUUCUUUAUUCUCUCUUUUC